GCUGCGGGGCCGGUGGCCGGCGGCAGCCCCGAGGCCCGGCGGCAGCCCCGAGGCCGGCGGCAGGCCGGUGCCCGGGUGUCUCACGAGUGCUUGUGGUUCGCGGCUGCUCCCCUGCGAGCUCUGUGUGCCCGGGGAGGGGGAACCGCCUGGAAACACAGACAUAAGAUGUGCCCCCCACCCCCCCCAUUUAUCUAUAAAGCGGGUUAGAAGAGAAGAUGGUAUUACGACCAAGGUGGCAAAUCUUGGAGAUGAUAGCCAGCGAGUUACUAGUCUGGAGCUUGCUUUGAGAGAUUAUCGUGAAACUCAUUCUUAAAGAAUGUUUUGAUCAAAAAGAAAAUUAGAAAGCCCACCUGGCAUUCGCUGUGAUCAAGUAGAGGGACCAGUAUGUCGUUCAGUCAAAUGAGACCUCGAACAUCACAGUUGGUGGAGCUCCAUGUUUUUUAUGUCCCAGAAGAAGUGUGGAACUUCAAGCUGAAUACAGUUCCUGUAGCUCUUACUAGCAAAUUCAUCUCAGCUGGAUUUAUAAGGGUGUCUCCUCACAUCACAUUAAGAGUGCUACGGGAGAAGCUUGGAGAGUACCUGGGUGGAGUUGCAGUUGCAGAUAAAUUCAAAUUUUUAAAAUGCAUUGGGAAAAAACUAGCAGUGGUGAAAGCAAAGCAAGAAACAGAACUGGAACUGAAGUCAUUUGCUCCUCCUUAUGCACUUUAUCCUGAGUUAUAUUUAUUACCUGGAGUGGAAUACUUUGAAGAUGUUUAUCCACUAUCAUCAUCUACUCAACAAAGACAUCCCUUUAAUGCAGAAGCUAAUAGGUUUGGUCAUGGAUCAAGAUUAUCCAAUCUUCCCCAACAAAAACCUGAAAAAAGCAAACAAUUUUUAGAAAGCAUACAAAGCAGUCAUCAGCUAGAAAAUCAGGAGAUGCACAGUCCUGCGGAAUGGGGUGAGAAAGAACCUGUUCCAGUUUUGCACACAAAACAUAAGCAAGACCGUAACAACAGGAUUCAAGAAAAACAGAUGCAGUUUAGAGGAAAAGAUCAAAAUGGAUCCAGUGGAUCUCUCUUCACACCAAGUCAUUCAAAUCCUGCAGAUUGGGAGUCUGGAAAGAGUGAUACGAUAUUACAGACCUCUCAGCAAAAUCAUCUCAGCCAAGAUCAGAAAGAGCCUAACACUCCUAAGUGGAAUGACAAAGCCAAAGGAACUGCUCUUACCCUUCAUGUAAACCACAGUGAUGAACAAGGCCAGAAUAACCAAAGACCCCAAAAUCACAUUAAAUACCAAAAGGAACUAACAAACAUGGAAAAUAAUGAUGACCAAAAAGAUACCAAACUAAGAAGAGAGAGAACACAGGAUGCUGGAAUUCUUAAAAUAAUGGAAGACCAAACCACAGAAUACGUAUGCAAAAAACAAAGCUUGCAGCAAUACAGAACUAGCAAGUCUAUAGCUGAUCCUGGUGAAAAACUGGAUAAUCAGGCAGAUGAAAACGAGCAAAAUCAUCUUACUUGUCUGAAAGAAUAUAUUUCGCCUCCUAGUCCACCUUUUCUGGCACUUUCUGUAAAUCCAGCUCAACUUCCUGCAGUUCAGGCAGCAAAAGACAAGAUGGUGGAACAAUUGCAACAAAUGAAGAAAGACAGAAGACACAUGGAAAAAACUAGAGAAGAACUGAUCAAAAAAGCUAAAGGGCUACUAGAACAAAAUAAGCUGAGGACAUACCACGUUCGUGAGGAAUGGAAAAAGAAGUACUUUGAAACUAAGAAAGCUACGGUUUCACUGGAGGGUACUUUAAACAAACUGCGACAAGAUUUAGAGCUUUAUCACCAGAAAUUACUCUUGCAAUUGGAAGCCAGAGAUAGCCAAAAACGACCAAACAAUAUGACAAACUCCAAGAAUUACACAAUCAUCCGGAUUACUACAGUGCAGCAUGAACUCGAUCAACUGAGAAGGAAGUUGGAUGAUACAAAAAUGAAACUUGUAAUAGAAAUUAAGAUGAGAAAGCAGGCAGCAUCUGAUUUACGAGCACUGAGAGCGGAACUGACACAGAAGAAGAUUCAUUCAGCUUUAAUUCUUCAGUCCAGAAAAUCAGGAAUUUAAGAAGGUGACAUGACUUAAAGUCUUCAGAAGCUCUGUAAUGCACAUGCAUUUAAUUUUUGGAAGAUGAUUAAAAUACAUCUUCUGUAGAACUACAGCAACACUAAUCCUUUAUUUAGCUAUUUACUGAAGUAUACUUUUGUCACUAUAAGUAUGCCUAUCUAUAAAUUACCAGUGUAUUAUUACCAUAUUAUUAUGAAGUAUGAACAAAAUCUGAGAUAAUGUCACCUUAUUUCCUAUCUAAUCUAGCUGGUUUUGUUCCCUCUCUUAUGAGGACAGCCAUGUGGACAUUCAUCUUCUUAUAUAGUUAGUGGAAGAUGCAAGCUUUGUCUUGGACAAGCUGUAAUGAUGAUCCUGGUCCUACUUACAGUAUUGCAUCAUCUCUUAAGUUCAAGCUCAUGCAUGUGCUUAAAUAACAAUUCUCUGAAAGAGUAAUCAGAAACCUCUUCUUGAUAGUCAUUUUUUCUAGCUCUCCUGUUUGCUUCUUUGCAGUUCCAGAUGUUAUUACAUUAAGCAGAACAGUAACAUGCUAGGAAUUAAUGUCAGCUAAAAAGCUGACAAGGCUGUAUUUAUUACUGGAAGUGAAACACUCAUGGGAAAUCAGUAAUACGGUAGAGAGGAAAAUUAUGCAACUCUCAAAAGGACUAACUUCCAAAUGUCUUGAGUCAAACCACCCAUUAUCCAAUUUAUUUUCUUAAAGGUAGGAUUUAACAAAGGUUUUAGUGCUAAAGUAUUACAUUAAUUAUUAAAACUACAACCACUUUUGCUCAAUUUCCUGUAUUUCAGAAUUGUGUCUUAUUUAAGACACAAGAGCAGGCAACUAGCUACUGGAAAAUCUGAACACAAAUCAAAAAAUAAAAAAAUGUCAACUCAUGAUUCUUGACUGCUACAGGAAGGAGAGCUUUAUUGUAAAGUCCUCUGGCCUUCAGUAAAUAUUUUGUAGCUCAGAUCAUCUGCUCCAGCAGACCUCUCAAUUUCACAAAUACCUGUCUCAGUAUUUUAGCAUAUGAAUAUAAAUAGUAAUAUAAAUUCUGAAGUAUCUCUAUGUCAAAUAAAUUUAUCAGUUUCUCCUAAAACCUACAGACCAGAGUUCUAGUGUAAUUAUUUUUUUUAUGUGAGAGCAGUAGCCUUCACCACCUGCUUUCUAUCAUCUGUAGUAUCAAGACAGACACUCAAUAUGAAGUUUUCUAGUCUUCUCCUCAGUAGCCAUUAUUGGUAGUGCUGCUAUUCUAUGGUGUUUUCCCAGUAACUAUUUAGCAAGGGGGAAAGGAAAAAACCCAAACACCCUACAACUGACUAUGUAUACCUAAUUAAAUAAAUUGUUUAAUUAAUG